AUGAUUGCUCAACACAGCUCAGCUGCUCCACGCGUAGAUUUGGCUGAAGCCAACAACUCUUCCUGGGCAGCACGGAAUCCCGACAGGCCUGUUCUCGCAUCGCGGGAACCCCUUACCACAGCGCAAAAAGCUCGUGCCAAGGCACAACGAGCAUCACGCAAGAUUACCUCCCAGCAACGCAAAGAGGCUGAAGAUAUGUUGAACAGCGCAAUUCAACAAAUGCUUGCCGAAGAAGCGCAGAAGGUGAACGACAUCGCACUUGAGCAUGGCGUGACUGUCGAGAAGGUCAAGAAGUUGAUGGGAGGGAUCAAAAAUUACAAGAGCAGCCGCAGCGCACAACUUGAAAAUGCCCUCAUGCACGUGAAGGCAGAGCAAGUCAACAAAGAUCUCCCGCGUGGUGCGAAAUUUGGAGCUAAGGAUCUCCGGAUGUUGGUGAAGGAGGAUACCGCCAUGCAGAACUUGACAGAAGGAGAGAAGCAACAAUAUAUCGACAACUUAAUCGAACACCGCGCUAUGCAGAACAUGAGUGUUCGUGCGACGAACGCCUCCGCUGCACGUGAUGUCCAGUCAACCCUUGAUAAUGUUUUUAAGAUGCUUGAUAGUCUAGCAGUCCGGACCGGAAUCUAUGCCUGCGUGUUUGCCUCACGUGGACAUGUAUACGAUACAGCUCAGGCAACGUGGUUCGGGACAGACAAUGUGAUGGAUUUCUGGGAGGACGUCCUGCAAAUGGAGGCAGACGAGAUCGCAAGAAAACUGGAACAGUGGGCGUGCAUGGCAGGUCGAAGCCUCGACGAACGUGAAACGGUGCAAAACAUGCAACGUGUAUGCACACGGCUCCUCAAUUCAGGCCUAAGUACGUGUUUCGUUUCUCGCACUCACUCGAUACUAACUAAUUUUUUGUCAGAGACUGUAGCUAAGAGACGUGACAUCCGCAUCAACUAUGCAAGCUUCGAUACUGCUAUCAAAGAGAAGCUCGGCAUAGACCUGAGGGGCUGGCCUGAAGGCAUUCCAUUCCAAUCCCCCACCAGCUUGAACGAUCUCAACUCCCUCCUCAAGGUCCGUUGUGCACUGAAGGAUGGCUCAUGCCACUGGUUCCGCAUGAGUCCCCGGCAACGCGAGGAGUAUAAUGCUCUGCUUGACGCACGCCGCAAGAAAGGAGAGGUGGUUACCAAGCCACGCAAGAAGCGCUCUGAUGCAGGGGUACCUCGCAAACGAAAGGGCAAGGAAAAUUCGCACCAGAGAAAGAGGGCACGAGCACCAGGGUCAUCAAUGCAGGCUCCAAAGAGUGCUGAGUUUGUUUGCACAUCCGAGGAGGAGAGCAGCGAGGACGAAGCUUGA